GUCACCUCCCACUCUGGCAUAUUCCCACAUUAAUAUGCAGUGUGUGUAUAUAUGUUAUCAGCCGCAAAAACUACAUCUGAGGCACGACAAUCCUCUGAAUAAGUCCCUCCGCUCCCCCCAGCAAGGAGAGCCACUCCACUGCAAAGAAAGCCAACAUUACGCCAUCCUCCGGUUCCCUUUGCCAUUGGAAACAUGAUAUAAACGAAUCAAAGAUUGUGGCUGCUGUUGGAUAUCUUCUACUUCAACCGUUCGGGUAUGAUGCAAGGACCGAUAAGAGGAACCUCUGCGAGGAAGGAAUCAACAAACAUUGAAAGUUUCCAUGUGUGUCCAGGCAUGACAAAUCAACUCUCACUGUCAACAGGAAUAAAUCAGUAAAAAAUGCGUCAAUCACUUUGACGUCCAGCCCAAUCGAUAAGAACCUCCGACCCAUCUCUGCAGCUCUUCUUGGGCCUUCCCAUCAACAGUUUUUACGUCUCCUAUAGUUGUCGCUUUACCAGUUGCACACCAUGCGUCCUUCCCUUGCCACGGCGGUCCUACCGCCCAGGACCCGUUCCCACAAUCCACCCAACCUGGCGGUUGGGGGCCGUGAACACCUGUCGGCUCCACGAAGGCGCAGCCCCCACCUCCGACACACGCUGAGCCCAGAGAACCUGCGAACCCUGGCGGAGAGGGGCGGGGCUGCCUCCGAUACCGUCUCCGUUAUCAGCAGUCCUAUCGGACUUCCAAGAGCAAACAGUGACACAGACCUGGUGACCUCCCAGAGCCGGUCCUCGCUCACGGCCUCCACUCUGGAGUACACUCUGAACCGUGGCCAGAAUCUCGUCAUAUCCUGGGACAUCAAGGAGGAAGUGGAUGCUACUGACUGGAUUGGGCUGUACCACAUUGAUGAAACAAGUCCGUCCAAUGUGUGGGACUGUAAGAACCGAGGGGUGAAUGGUACCCAGAAGGGUCAGAUUGUCUGGAGGCUGGAGCCCGGGGCCUACUUUAUGGAGCCCGAGACAAAGAUCUGUUUCAAGUACUACCACGGAGUGAGUGGAGCCCUGAGAGCCACGACUCCCUGCAUCACUGUGAAGAACCCCACAGUCCUGGUGGAGGGCCUGGCAGAGCAGGUGGGCAUCGAACAUCCAAGAAAACUGAUCAGCUUUACUUUGACAGAUCUGCGUGCCACCGGUCUGAAGAAGGGAAUGUUUUUCAAUCCAGACCCGUACCUGAAGAUGUCCAUCCACCCAGGCAAGAGGAGCGUCUUCCCCAUCUUCAGCCACCACGGACAGGAGCGACGCUCCGCCAUCAUCGCUAACACCACCAACCCUGUCUGGCAUGGAGAGAAAUACACGUUCGUAGCACUAAUGACGGACAUCCUGUACAUCGAGGUAAAGGACAAGUUUGCGAAAAGUCGACCAAUCAUCAAACGCUUCCUUGGUCAGCUGACUAUCCCUGUGCAGCGACUUAUUGAAAAAAUCCCGGGAGUCCAGCCGGUGAGUUUCCCCCUGUGUCGGCGCCUGCCUACUGAACAUGUCAGUGGUCAUUUGCAGUUCAAAGUGGAGCUCACAUCGACCGGGCCUGAUGGUGCCUCUCCUGAGUCCAUCAUCGGCAUUUCAUCCCUGAACGGAGCUCCAGGGACUCCAUCUGAUGAUGAAGACCUGCCCCAUCAUCUCCCAGGAGUGGUCUCUUCUGGCCCUUCUCCCACUGGCUCCCAGGGCUCCCAAAGCAUGUGGGAAGGAGGGGCCACGGCGUACCCAGAGAAGGACCUGCCUCUUGUUGGAGCACAGGGUGGAUUUGUGGAACAUGAAAGCCUGUCGUGCCACGAAAUGCUCCAGAGGUCCCUCAGUGAGGGCCUGGCUGCUAUCGAGGCCCCCAAAGGCCCUGGUGAAAGACCCCUGGGUGCUGCCUCGCCUAAACUGCGCUCCAGCUUCCCGACACACACGCGGCUCAGCGCCAUGUUGCACAUCGACUCCGACGAGGACGACGAGAGGUCCGGGGCCAAUGACAUCAUCCCGGUGCCGCUGUCACCGCUGCUGAUGAACGGAGAACCUCCAGAUGUUGGCGUCCAUGAUGAAGACGACCCGUUUCCUGAGUUCCACCAGGAGCCGGAGAAGCUGGAGCCCUUGGCGCUGCAGGAGGCCCCCGGGGGUGUAGGAGGUGUGAUGGAGGAUGUGGCGGCUGAAGCAGAGGUGGAGAUGGGGGCGGGUCCAGACUUGGACGACGUUCUGGAGCCAGACGUGUUCUCCGAAGUGGAUGAGGCUCCUUUCACAGAGGCCGUGUCCCAUAAUGCUUUGCCAGAGGCUGAAGUGCAUGAGGAAGGAAGGGGGCCGGGUGAGGACCCCUCCUCAGAGAUGGACACCUGCUCCAUGGCAACAGCACAGCAGACUGUCUUCUCAUCAUCAGAGAGCUGUCCAAUCACAGUCACAACUGCCGUGGAGGCGGAGGAGGGAGCUGAGGCGGCGAUAGAUCCAGGGGGAGACGUUGUUUCCGGAACCCGACCAACCAAUCAGGCUGUAGACGAUGAAGGGGGCGGGCAAGCCACGAUCGCUGAAGCUGCAGCAGAGGCUCCUCCCCCGGCCAGCGAGCCAGCGGCGGGGGCGGGGGCGGCGGUGGCGGCGGCGGUGGUGGAGGGGAUCAGCGUGAGGAGGCUGAGCCUGCAGGCUGCCGGGGGCGUGGCUGUAGAGCAGGAAGGGGAGGAGUCAAAGCCACAGGAGGAGGCGGGCUCUGCCGACACAGAAACAGACGGAGAGGAAGGCUCUCACGUUAAUGGCCAUCCUGUACGUUCGCUUCCCUCUGUGCGUCACGACAUCCACCGAUACCAACGUGUGGACGAGCCUCUGCCUCCCAACUGGGAGGCUCGGAUCGACAGCCAUGGGAGAAUCUUCUUUGUGGACCACGUGAACAGAACCACCACAUGGCAGCGUCCUACUGGACCUCCAGCCCCACAGGGCCUGACCCGCUCCAACUCCAUCCAGCAGAUGGAGCAACUCAACCGCAGGUACCAGAGCAUCAGGAGGACCAUCACCAACAGUGAUCGGGCCGAGGAAACUCCGGCUGAGCUUCCUGAACCAGAAAGUGAACUUUUGCCUCACUCCAUUUCUGAGUACCGGCGAGAGAGUGCAGUGGCUCACUCCAGCGGCCGCUCGCGUCUCUCCCUGCUGCUGCAGUCGCCCAGCGCCAAGUUCCUGUGCAGCCCAGACUUCUUCACCGUGCUGCAUUCUAACCCUAGUGCCUACCGCAUGUUUACGAGCAACACCUGCCUGAAGCACAUGAUCAGUAAGGUUCGUCGGGACGCUCAUUACUUCGAGCGCUACCAGCACAACCGCGACCUCGUCACCUUUCUCAACAUGUUCUCCAACAAGCAGCUGGAGCUUCCCCGGGGCUGGGAGAUGAAGCACGACCAUACUGGGAAGCCCUUCUUUGUGGAUCACAACUGUCGCUCCACGACCUUCAUUGACCCGCGGCUACCCCUCCAGAGUUCUCGCUCCACUGGGCUUCUGGCCCACCGCCAGCACCUGAGCCGCCAGCGCAGCCACAGUGCUGGGGAGGUGGUGGACGACUCUCGCCAAACCAACCCGCCCGUCAUGCCCCGCCCAUCCAGCACCUUCAGCGGCUCCAGUCGAAGUCAGUACCACGACGUGGUCCCUGUGGCCUACAAUGACAAGAUAGUGGCGUUUCUACGGCAACCCAACAUCGUUGAGAUUCUGCAAGAAAGGCAACCUGAGCUCGCCAGGAAUCACUCGCUCAAGGAGAAGGUGCAGUUUAUUCGCAGCGAGGGAGUCACUGGCCUGGCUCGACUCUCUAGCGACGCUGACCUCGUCAUGCUGCUCAGCUUAUUUGAAGAGGAGGUGAUGUCAUAUGUGCCACCAUUACUCCACCCAAGUUACUGCCUCUCAUCUCCUCAGAGCUCCCCUGGCACCCAGCGAGCUAACGCCCGCGCUCCUGCUCCCUAUAAGAGAGAUUUUGAGGCUAAACUGAGGAACUUCUAUCGAAAGCUGGAGACCAAGGGUUACGGACAGGGACCUGGAAAAGUCAAGCUCAUCAUACGCAGGGACCACCUCCUGGAGGACGCCUUUAACCAAAUCAUGUGUUACUCCCGUAAAGACCUGCAGCGGAGUAAACUUUACGUCAGCUUUGUGGGCGAGGACGGGCUGGACUACAGUGGACCUUCCCGAGAGUUUUUCUUCCUGGUGUCCAGAGAACUCUUCAACCCGUACUACGGCCUGUUUGAAUACUCAGCCAACGACACGUACACUGUCCAGAUCAGCCCCAUGUCUGCCUUUGUGGACAACCACCAUGAAUGGUUUCGCUUCAGUGGGCGUAUCCUGGGCCUGGCUCUGGUCCAUCAGUACCUGCUGGAUGCCUUCUUUACCCGACCCUUCUACAAGGGGCUUCUUCGCAUACCAUGUGACCUGAGUGACCUGGAGUUCCUGGACGAGGAGUUCCACCAGAGCCUGCAGUGGAUGAAGGACAACGAUAUCGAAGACAUGCUGGACCUCACCUUCACCGUCAACGAGGAGGUCUUUGGACAGAUUACAGAGAGAGAGCUGAAGCCGGGCGGGGCUGGUAUCCCUGUGUCAGAGAAGAACAAGAAGGAAUACAUCGAGCGGAUGGUGAAGUGGCGCAUCGAGCGAGGAGUGGCCCAGCAGACGGAGAGCCUGGUCCGAGGCUUCUAUGAGGUGGUGGAUGUGCGGUUGGUGUCGGUGUUUGAUGCCAGGGAGCUGGAGCUGGUGAUUGCAGGCACUGCAGAGAUCGACCUGGCAGACUGGAGGAACAACACAGAGUACAGAGGAGGUUACCAUGACAACCACAUAGUGAUUCGCUGGUUCUGGGCAGCUGUGGAGAGGUUCAACAAUGAGCAGAGGCUGAGACUGCUGCAGUUUGUAACAGGCACCUCCAGUAUUCCCUACGAGGGCUUCGCCUCUCUACGGGGCAGUAACGGACCCCGCAGGUUCUGCGUGGAGAAGUGGGGGAAAAUCACCUCCUUACCCAGGGCUCACACUUGCUUUAAUCGUCUGGACCUCCCACCGUACCCGUCCUUCUCCAUGCUCUACGAGAAGCUGGUCACUGCUGUCGAGGAAACGAGCACCUUCGGUCUGGAGUAACUCCCGGGUGGUUUACCUUGGGGAGACAGAACCAUAUGGAGAAUCCACCCGUGUCGCUAAGGAGAGACAUGGAAAAUAAAACUAAUAUCCUCAAAUGGCAACUAACCCCCCCGUGGACAACUCUGCUGUUUUUUUUUUUCCCGACUGGUUAUUCAUCACUCAGCACGCAGGCUGCGAUCCGAUUCUCUGCCUUUCUCUCACGCAUCCGAUCCAUCGAGUGAACACCUGGAAGAAAAGCGGAGAAUCAUGGAAUGGUUCGAAAAAGCUGUACAGUACAAUUUCAACUUUCAGUUCUCAUGGUAACCUUUGUUCAUUAAGCCACAUGUGUGCUUUAUCUCUUCAGUUAAUGGCCUUGUUUACUGGAUUUCUAGCCCCUCCUCCUCCUCCUCCUCCUCCUCCUCCUCCUCCUUUUCCAACCUGCACCUCAGAGACAGCUGCUCAAAAACCACUAAGCUCCCCUCUCCCUCUCCGGACCUCUAAACUGUGUCCUUUCUGCACUGGGGCUGCAACGUUAUGAACUAUGAUACACACACACCUUUGCACAACACAACACAACACACAACAUGGGGAAUUUCUGUUUUUAUUGAUGAUGCACACUAGUGUUUCCCCCUUGGGUUUUUUUUUAUCAGCAUGGAAAGAUGUGACAUUUUAGACUUUAGAAUUGGACGUUGGCUGGUCCUCCUUGCCUGUCAGAGAGCAGGGGAUACACUAGUGUGCACAAUCACUUACACACAUAUAUAUAUACACAAAUGACAUAAAAACCAGUUGUUCUAAGACUUUUAAAGUUCCUGAAUUAGCUGGACAGCGUGUCACAAAUCACCAGUGACGCAGACGGACAGUGUCGUUGACCCGUUGUGAUGAUGACGGCAGGUUCUGGUCUGGACUGUUACCUUCAAUACUACGACAUCAGAGCUCUUACAUGGGCGGGAAAGGCUAAAGACGCAUCUGAGACUUGCAGCCCUGUUUCUGCACAGACUCAACAAGGUAUCACACACAUACAAACACAUGCAUACAAUGUUACAGCAUUAAGCUCGAUGCUGUGAGAGCACUUUCUCAUACUCCACUACACAGAUCCAUUAACUGACACACUCCUGUCUUUCAAACCGGUCCACUUUAUCAUGAGCAAUAGAUGCACUUUCUCACACAGUCUGCUCAUAAGUAUGACACACAAGGUCCUCCCCCUCCCACCCUUUGAAAGUGAUGAAUGUACCAAAUAAGUGACUGAAUGUAUGGUGCUCAAGCAACCGUGUUUGGCCUCCAGGAAGAUUUCCCGCAGGCCCUCAAAGAGGAAACACAAAGUGGAAGGUUGGAAAUGAAAUGGUUGCUUGAGGAAUGAGGACACGCUUCACUUGAUGUUGGCACUGGAUUAGGCCUUGUUAGCUGAAAGACACAAGCCUGGUGUCACCCAGGGACCUGGUCAGGUUGCAGUGAUGGGAUCUUUUAGUGCCUCUUGACCGUAAAGUGAAGUUUCUUAAGGGAAGCUAUGUGACCGUUCCCAUGUGUCACAUUAAUCAAACAUGGUGAAACUUAAAGAAACUACAAGGAACUUUCAUUCUGAUUUUUUUUUUUUUUUUGUGAGCCCUGUGGACAAAAGCCACAGUGUCUUCAUGGGCACCACCAUCUCCUGCCGUAAAGUUCUUGAUCUGACUAUCAUAUGCAUUUGUUUUGGAAGUGAGUGAAAGAAAAUAUAUAUUGGCAGAUACCUGCAGAUAUUAGCCUAUCAUAGAUAUAUACGGCAGAUAAGUUGUCUCUAUCUGCAUUGACAGACAGGGUGCAUUUAAGCCCCGCCCCGUUCUGAGGGAAAAACAAUCCAUCUCUCUCCACUGAGUUUAUAUUGGAAGGAGGGAUGAGAAUAAUUAAUCGAGCGUUCAGUUCUGUGGCCGUACGUCAAUAAGACAAUGAGCUGAGAAUUAAGUUGGAUAAAGCUACAGUUUGCAAGUUGCAAUAACAAUUAUAAAACACACAGAAACAUGAUUAUUCAUUUGAGCAAAACUAGCUUACUGUAUCAAACCUUAGUAGCAUGAAUUAGUGAGUUUAAUUUCAUCCAAACACAUUUAAAUAUGAAUAUUACUGUGAAAACUAACCUCAUGCCUCUUCAGGGGCUAAAACAUAAAACACUGAACUCCUAAACGUUAUCUUUACAGAAUCACCUCACUUGAUUUAGUGUAACGAUUGACAGGAAGUCUCUUUUCGUCCUUUCAAAAUAAAUGAAUCCAUUAUCAAAACAGGCUUUUGCAUAGUAUAUAUAUAUAUAUA